GCUGAAGCACUGCCAGCAAUCUCAUAUUCGCGAUCAGGCUGUCGACACGACAACAACCCUUCCUUUUCUAAGCUUCCUCUUAUCGUAUUGUUCGACCUAGUGUUUUUCUAGUUUUCAUUUUUAGUGAUUCCUAGAAGGAGGUAAAGAGAGAGAGAGAGAGAUAGAGAGAGAGAGAGAGAGAGAGAUAGAAGAUAACUCGAAAACUGUGAUCGAGACAAGGAGACAUGCAUCGAAACGUUGCUAUAUUUUUCAUCCUUCUUGUUUCUCUCGUUUUGGCGGUUCGAUCAGAUGACGCAUUAAAAUGUUACAUGUGUACCUCGGUUACUGACAAGGAUUGUGGCAAUGAAAUAACCAAAUCAAAAGCAAUCGAACCAAUGGAAUGUACGAUGGAAAAAAUGACCAAAUGGCAGAGGAGUAUUCAACAGAACAAAAUUCUUACUCCAAUUUUCAGUAUUUUUGCCGUGGAUGAUCCGCAACAUGAUCAGAGUAUGUUAAAGAACAUGGCGUGUGCCAAAGUCGAUGUUAAAAUUAAAGACUAUGACAAAUUAGUAACGAUAAGAAGUUGUCAAACGGCUCAAGCGGAAAAUGUCGAUCCUUGCACGUCGAUCGAAGGAAAACUUCAAGGUGGUAUGGAAUUUUGCGGAUUGUGCGAAGAAAAUGGUUGCAAUGGUUCGAUGACCAUCUCUCCAAGAAUAAACCACAUUAUUUUCAUCGUCCUUGGAUCAUUCGUUAUCGCUCUAAUCCUUUACAGAGAUGCAUAACGUACACCGUUCACGAUCACUCCACCAUUUUUCCAAUUAAUUCCGUAAAUUCAUGUCCACCGUCGAAUCGAGUUAUCGUCGUUGCAUUUGCCUCUUUUUACCAUGGAAAAAGUCCUCCUCCUCUUCCUCCUCCUUCUCCUCCUCCUUCUCCUCCUCUCUCUCUUUUGCAAGCAUCGAAAAAACAUCGAUGUUUUCUAAUUUCUUAGGAUAAAGUCGUGUUCGAAAUUCAGAAAUAUCGAUUACAAGGAAAAACUAAUAUCGAAUCAGGCGUUUAUCCUAAUCGUGAAGAUAAUUCAUCGAUAAUCCGAAGAAAAAAAAUCAUUUGUUCUCUUGUUAAUCGCCCUGAAUCGAAUAAAUCGCGUUCACGCGUGUGUACUGCUAAUACAAAUAUGUAUACAAAAAAACAGGGUAAAAUCAAAGUCGUUUUCCUUCUCAGAAACCAUAAGAUUUGUAUCAGUUGAUAGAUAGAACACCAUACAAGUGAAUAAUAUAUGCAGAAUUCGUUUAGAGUUUUAUCACAUGGUCAACGACUUUUAUUCCACCCUGUAUAUUAUGUAUAUAUACACACACAUAAAUAAUAUAUACGUAUGAGAUACGAAUAUAUACAUUGAUAUUACAUGUGUGGGACGAGCGCCUUCAUCCCCAAACUUAUCGGGCAUUCGUGAAAAGAAUUGGUCCGGUGGGCCCUGGCUACUGUUAUUUGUUAAAAGAAAGAAAAACAAAAUGAAAAUAAUAAUACACAUAUUACAAAUAUAUAUAUAUACAUAUAAAMAAAUCGUAUCUCUACGUGUAUGCAACCGGAUAUGCAUUCUCGAGCUUGGAUAUUGGUAUCGAGAAAACUAAUGCUAAAGCUUUCGAGGUCAAAUAAAAAGUGUUUGCCAUGCACGAUUAUUAUAACGAGCAAUAAAAAAGCUUGUUAACUAA